ACUCCUCUAGAACGUUUAGCUACCCAGGCAGAAACUCGGUGAUUCAUAGAUUCUAUCCAUACCUAACCUGGUCCAGCAGACGCUUAGACAGGAUCGAUUGCAAUGAAUCGUUUGCGGGACUUAAUAUUUUUCUGUCACCUUUUCCAGAUUGGAUUCAGAUGGUGUCUAGGUCACAAUGAUGGAAAAAUGGGCGACAUAGAUUUCAAGUGUCCAAGCGGAUCUAAGUUUUACCAAGGUUACUGCUUCAGAAAAGAGAAGGUUCCGAUGACAUGGAAACAUGCUAAGACAGCCUGUUUACGAUCUGGCAUGUAUCUGGCCUGGAUAGAGGAUGGCAUUGAAAACGAGUAUGUCGCCACCAACGUGAUGUUUGAUGUGAACCAGUACUGGAUUGGUUUGUCUAAUACAUCUUCAACGGCAGGACAGAAUAAAGUCUCAUGGUCCCAGUAUAGGAUGUCUGAAAACAAGACUAUUCCAGUGUACAAAGGACUGUGGAAAAACCUGCAACCAGCUGAUUUCAUAGAGGAGAAUAAAUGUGUUUCCACUCGAAAAGAUAAAUAUGACAAUCACUGGACAGUCACAAACUGUAGAAAGAAGCUUCCAUUUGUUUGCAAGCUUAUGGGAGCGCCUAAACCUCAUGAUAUAAUAUUUUGUGGAAAUGGAGGUUACAUUCAUAAGAAGUGGAAGUGUGAUGGACAGAAUGACUGUGGAGACAUGUCUGAUGGAAUUGAUUGCUGUAAGAGGACAUUUGCUCUUUAUCUAGAGACCAAAUUUAGCAAUUCAAAUAAGGCUUAG